GAUACGGGUGAGAAAGAAAGGGAUGUAGGGUGUGUCUACACGCGUCUGUGAUUGUUUUCUCGACGGGUGAGUGUUUGGAUGUCGUACCCUGCUCUAUGUGAAAGUCUUCCACAAGCAGAGGGAGCUACUGCUUUCUCCUCACGCCUCCUUUCGCCACCGGGGAGCCGUCUUUGCGCACAUAUCCUUGUUUUUGCAUUUCAAUCACUGAAGGAAAAAUAACAAGUAACCUAGCUCGGUGCUGCACCAAACACCUGACAGACAAGCUUUAGGUACAAUCUGAUCAUAGAACAGAGACUGUCAAGUAUUUUUAACCCAGAGAAAGAAGCGGCUAGCUGUGUUUUAACCGAAGGCUUCGUGUAUGCCGCAGCUGUGCGACUGUCUGUGCGGUUGGUAAAGCGACUAUAUGUGAUGGACCGGAGCCCGUUUCAUCGCCACAGCAUUACGGAUCAGGUAUUCAGUUUGUAGGAAAAGCGAUGGAAUGGUGGUGCAAGCCAAUGCGUUCAGUGUCCACGGCCUGAAGAGAAAUAAUACAAUGGAGAUUCAUCCAAUAUGCACCAAGCUAUGUGCACACAAACCCCAGGAGCUGAAGGAUGACCUCUCAGAGAAACAGUGCCCUAUCACCAUAAACCCACGCCACAUGAAAAAAGCCUUUCGUGUUAUGAAUGAACUUCGCAGUCAGAACCUCCUGUGUGAUGUGGUGAUAGUGGCUGAGGACGUGGAAAUCUCUGCUCACAGGGUGGUGCUGGCUGCCGGGAGUCCAUACUUCCAUGCCAUGUUCACAGGAGAGAUGAGCGAGAGCAAGCAGAAGCGCGUGCGCAUUAAGGAGAUGGAUGGCUGGACGUUGGGCAUGCUCAUAGACUAUGUUUACACCGCAGAGAUCCAGGUCACAGAGGAGAAUGUACAGGUGCUGUUGCCGGCUGCUGGCCUGCUGCAGUUGUCUGAUGUGAAGAAAGCGUGCGGUGAGUUCCUGAGCUCACAGCUCCACCCGACCAACUGCCUGGGCAUCAGGGCCUUCGCUGAUCUACACGCCUGCGCUGAUCUGCUCACACAGGCCAACACAUACGCCGAACAGCAUUUCUCUGAGGUAGUUCACUGUGAGGAGUUUCUUAACCUGGGGAUGGACCAGGUGUGCAGUCUCAUCGCCAGCGAUAAACUCACCAUUCCCUCUGAGGAGAAGGUGUUUGAGGCUGUCAUAGCUUGGGUGACUCACGAUAAGGAUGUUAGGCAGGAGCACAUGGCUCAUCUGAUGGAACAUGUUCGGCUGCCACUGCUCUCUAAAGAGUACCUGGUGCAGAGAGUGGAGGAGGAGAGCCUUGUUAAGAACAGCAGCGCAUGUAAAGACUACCUGAUUGAGGCCAUGAAGUACCACCUGUUGCCAGCAGACCAGAGAUCCAUGAUGAAGACCAUUAGAACUCGCAUGAGGACACCGGUCAGCUACCCCAAGGUGAUGGUGGUGGUGGGGGGGCAGGCUCCUAAAGCCAUUCGCAGUGUGGAGUGUUAUGACUUUGAAGAGGAUCGCUGGUACCAGGUGGCUGAGCUUCCAUCCAGAAGAUGUCGAGCAGGGGUGGUGUAUAUGGGGGGCAUGGUGUAUGCUGUGGGGGGCUUUAAUGGCUCUCUGCGGGUGCGCACCGUGGACUCGUAUGACCCAGUGAAGGAUGAGUGGUGCUGUGUCAGCAGCAUGCAGGACCGCCGCUCAACACUAGGGGCAGCAGUGCUCAACGGCCUACUGUAUGCUGUUGGGGGGUUUGAUGGAAGCACAGGUUUGGCCACUGUUGAGGCCUAUAAUGCUAAAGCCAAUGAGUGGUUCCACAUCCAGCCCAUGAACACACGCAGGAGCAGUGUUGGCGUGGGAGUCGUUGGAGGAAUCCUGUAUGCUAUUGGAGGUUAUGAUGGAGCAACGCGCCAAUGCCUGAGUACUGUAGAGGCCUACAACCCAAACACUAAUGAGUGGACAUACAUGGCAGAGAUGGGCACUCGCCGCAGUGGCGCAGGUGUGGGCGUGUUGAAGGGUUUACUGUAUGCAGUUGGUGGACAUGACGGGCCACUGGUGCGUAAGAGCUGUGAGGUGUAUGACCCUGCCAACAACAUCUGGAAACAGGUGGCAGACAUGAACAUGUGCCGCAGGAACGCAGGAGUGUGUGCUGUGAAUAAUGUGCUGUACGUGGUGGGCGGAGAUGAUGGCUCGUGUAACCUGGCCUCUGUGGAGUUUUACAACCCCAGCACUGACAAAUGGACCCUGCUGCCCACCGGCAUGAGCACUGGACGCAGCUAUGCUGGUGUGUCGGUGAUCGAUAAGCCCUUGUGAAGCAGCUGACGUGUGCUGCUGGUACUGUACUCACUCAGUUUGGCUGAGGUUCACUUGGGGGCUGUAACUUCCUCUGGGAGCUGCUUCAACAGAAGGCUGUGCAGAGAUGACUUCUCUCUCUCUCUCUCUCUCUCUCUCUCUCUCUCUCUCUCUCUCUCUCUCUCUCUCUCUCUCUCUCUCUCUCUCUCUCUCUCUCUCUCUCUCUCUCUCUCUCUCUCCCCUCCCUCCAUCCCUCCCGUCUCUCUCCUUCUAUCUUAUUCUUUUUCUGCUUCAACAUAUCCCCAUGUUCUAAUGUUUUUUUUUACCUUGUCAUUAAUCCUGUUUCUAUUCUUCUCACCUUUUCCUUUAUUUAUUUCCAGUUACUAUCUGUUAUGCUAUGUCUUUCAUUUCUCUCUUAAACUUGCUACUUCUCUCUGUUCUGUUCUCUAUUCUCUCUCUCUGUUCUGUUCUGUUCUCUCUAUUCUCUCUCUCUCUGUUCUGUUCUCUCUAUUCUCUCUCUCUGUUCUGGGAGUGUUGAUGAGGAUUAUUGCACUUAGCAGGAGGAGCACUAAAGAAGGAGUUCUGACAGGACAGGACUCUGUUGGUUGUUGAACAUUUUCCUAAUUGCAGAUGAACUGUCACCUGAGCACACUGAGCCUCAAGACCGUAGAGACCCUAGUCUGUGGUCUUUGGUCAUCUUUUUUGUGCAAGAUCGAUGGACGUGAAGGUCAUUUUACUCAACGCUGAUAUAUGAUGCGUGUGUAAUAUAACGUGUAAUCGAGCCGGAUAACAUUUGCAC